UACGUACAAUACAAACCGGCUGGCACGCAACAGUGGGCAACACCAUUGCUCCAAUUUUCUAAAUUUCUUGUUAACGUUUCGCGAUCUUCAGACCAGAACUGUUUGCCGUAAAUGGGGUUGCUCAGCAGAGGUGGUAAAGUGCAGACCGAUGUCCGAACUUGGCAACUGAAAGGCCAAGCUGGUCAGUCUACCGCUUGUGUAACCGUCCGCGACCAGACCCCUUUAUUGAUAAACCGGAUAAAUGAUAAACCAUAGACAAUAUGAUGAUAGACGAUAAACAAUGUGAUAGAAAUAGAAGGGUGUGGAGGGCGGGUUUUCGCUUUCGACGGCAAUUUCUUUUCAAACUAUUCCGAAAUUAAAUAAAAUAUGCUAGUAUAACUUAAGCUUAAUAUGCCACGUCCAUCGGAAGUUCUGCAUAGCAACACGGUAAACUUACGAUCGCACGUUAACGACAGUUAUUGCUGUACAAUAACUGACAUUAUUUACAUACUGCUUUUCGGAGAUAUUGGCUGCAUCCAGUAUCUCCGAAACAGUGGCAAUAACCAGCAAAAUGCCGGCUUGAAAACAGGUAUUUAAAAGAACUUGUAUGUGUAUGUGCAUGCGAUGUGCAUGAUUCCGGGACGGUGAACGAGACCGGACCGGGGCACCGCGUUACGCGUGGCACCUGGAUGAUUUUGUGGCAGCAUGCCGCGGUCUGCCACGUGUGAGGCCAUUCAGCUGGUCCGCGGUGCUUGGUCGCUCUGGAGUACGGCCGGCUGCGAGCGUAUGAGUACCUUGCCGUGCAGCUGGACGUCGAUCUGCCCAUGACGCGUCUGCCGCUGACAGUCAGCCGUGCUUGCGCAUGUACAGCUUCUGGAGAGCAUUGGACGCGGCGUUGCCGGCGGCGAACGACGCUGAGGUGCAACGGCUUUCGGAGUGGUUGGCGUCGAUUGCAGCGGAGGAGAGCAAAGGGUUUCACCGCAUGGCCGUCUGCAGAUUGUUAUGCACGACGUACGCGCAGACGGCGGAUCCGCGUCCGUCCUUACAUUACCGCGGGAACCAGUGGUGGACGGAUGGACUGCAGGAUCUUCGCUGGGAGAAACCAUCUCGCAUUGCACUGCGCUUCCUUCUUCUCCUGCCCGAAUGCCUGCGUUUUGAAAUCACUUACUCACCGGCCUCGUCGGACUCAGGGUAACCGUGCCGGUUUCCACUCCUGUAUACUAUAUACUGAUUUGUGAUACUUUUUGUAACGGCGUUGUUUGCGUUUUUGUGGGCGCUGCGGGAGCACACGCACUUUGGCUUUUUUGGCACUUUUAAUUUCUAAGCACUAAGUUUCUAGCCAACAAAAUAACUUAAAUAAAAGCGCUCAUGGCCAUAACAUCAUCAGAAUAAAGA